CACAUUCAGCAUGGAACGAUGGCAGGGUAAAGUUGCUAUGGUAACAGGUGCCAGCAGUGGCAUUGGUGCUGCCUGUGCCAAGGCAUUAGUCUGUGCUGGAUUUGUUGUUGUGGGCUUAGCUCGUCGACAGGAGCGUAUCACUCAAUUGCAGCAGGAAAUACCAACUCGAUUUCGAUCCAAUUUGCACGCCUUUAAAUGUGAUAUCACACAGGAAGAUAAAGUGCGGGAGGCUUUUAAGUGGACACUCGACAGGCUGGGGUCUGGCGUUGAUGUUUUGGUAAAUAAUGCCGGCAUUAUAGCGACCACGGAGUUAAGUGCCAACCAGAAUACAGAUGAAAUUCGCUCCACAAUUGAAACAAAUCUCUUGGGUACGAUUUUUUGUACACGUGAAGCUUUCAAUUCAAUGCGUGAACGGAAUGUUGAAGGUCACGUGGUGAUCAUUAAUAGUGUGGCCGGCUUGCAAGUACCAAAUUUGGGACCAGAUUUGCCAUCACUCAAUGUAUACCCCGCAACGAAAUUUGCUUUGAGAGCCAUGAAUGAGAUUUACCGGCAGGAAUUUCAGCGCCACAAGACACGUGUGCGAAUAACGACAAUCAGUCCAGGUAUUGUCGAUACCGAUAUACUGCCAACGUCUAUUCGUACUGUUGUUAAGGAAAUGCUACCGAGCCUUAAAUCGGAAGAUGUGGCUGAUGCUGUAUUAUGGGCUAUAGGUACACCUCCCAAUGUGCAGGUUCAUAAUAUUACAAUAAAACCGAUGGGUGAAAAGUUUUAGUGCAACGAGAUGCGCUAAAUGUGGAUUUACUAUAGUUUCGGCUGGUUUCACAACAACUAAUGUAUCCAUAUAUAUAUAACACAAACUACUAUCAAUUGGUCCAUAAUUGGCCUAACAAUUAUUUUUGAAAUAAAGCUAAAAGUGGUGGUAAUUUCA